AUGGCUUACACUUGUGAAGAAUGUGGAGCUGAAUUUAAAAAACUCAGUCAGCUACUUCAGCACAGACGGAUUCAAAACCACUGGACUAAGUUUAUAUGUCCAAGUUGCAAGAAUAGUUUUACAAGAAGAGACAACCUGGACAGGCAUAUGAAAAAACAUAGUGAUGAAAACGCUCAUCACUGUCCAGAGUGUCUAAAAGUUUUUACACGUAGGGAUGCUUUAGAUGAUCAUUUCCAACGACACCACGACCAGACAGGAGGAGGACAGAAGCGAAAAUCGAACGCAAGCGAGAAUGAUGGACCUAUCAAAAAGUUAAAAAAGGGUGCAGACCCACCUCAGUUUUAUACUCUGACGAAAAUUAAAAGUCAACGGAUCGAGAAAUUCAAGACAACAGCUACAUUCUACAAGAUCUCGUUUCAAAACAUUGAAGUAACUGAAAAUAUAUCUUCAACUUUGCGAAAAAUGUUUGCCUCUAUAUUUCAAAAUGAAACGGAUGGAGCAAAAUCUGAAGAUUUGUUGAGGGUGACAGUUCAAACUCCGACUUUGGAUUACCCGAUCGUCAUUCCUUUCAUAAAAUUACCUGAAUUAACUGCUGACAGGUUUAUGUCAGAAAUUGAGCGGGUGCUUCAAUCGAACGAAGAUUUUGCUAUUGAUUCAGGCUUGAUGUUAGAAAUCACAUAUGUUGACAUGCCCAAGGGAGGAACUAGAAAGAGAUAUAAAUUUGUUGACAUGGAUAAAUUUUUAUCGGAUAAAAAGUGCAUAUUUCGUGUUCAAAAUCGGGACAAUUUAUGUUGCGCUAGAGCCAUUAUUACCGCAAAAGCAAGGAUAGAUGGCCAUGAAAAAUGGAACAGUAUACGUCAAGGUUGUGAGAUACAAAGACGACUGGCUGAAAAAUUACAUAAGGAAGCGGGUGUUCCUCCUACACAAUGUGGAAUAGAAGAGAUAAAAAUAUUUCAAUCGUUGAUGACAGAGUACCAGAUAUAUGUGGUAUCCAAAGAACAUUUCAAUGCGAUUAUUUUCAAAGGUCCAGAGGCAGAAAAAAAGAUAUACUUGUAUUAUCAUGAUCAUCAUUAUGAUGUGAUCACUAGUAUGCCGGCGUUCGUAUCCAGGAACUACUAUUGUACCCAGUGUGACAAAGGUUAUGAUCACAAAGAAGAUCAUAAAUGCAACUCUGUUUGCUAUGCGUGCCGCAAAGUACAUGAUCAAAUGAAAGAUAACUGGAUAGAAUGCGAAACAUGUCGUCGAUUCUUCCGUGGUCAGGAGUGCUUUGAUCUCCACAAAAGACUUACAACUAAAGGAAAUUCAACGUGUUCUGCCAUCUACCGAUGUACCGAGUGUGGAAAGACUGUUAACAAGAAAAUGGACAAGAAGCAUAUAUGUGGGCAAAUCUAUUGUAAUAUGUGCAAAGGCUUCUUCCCGGAAACACAUAAAUGUUACAUGAUACCGGAAUCCACAGGCUUUCAGGAAGAACCAAUGUCCAUUGAAGAAGAGUUAAUCAGUGACAAUGCAAAAACAUAUAUUUUCUUUGACUUUGAAUGUACACAAGGCGACUUUGUAGAAUGUGACAUGAAGUAUAGUCCUGAUAUUUUUGGAAAAUGUCAAAAUUGUUUAAAGUCUGACUGUGGUGUAUACGAACACAAACCAAAUCUUUGUGUAGUUCAGAAAGUAUGUACACUUUGUAUGGACAAAGAAUUUAAUUGUGAGAAUUGCGGUCAAAGGGAGUAUAUCUUUGGUGGUGACAACACUUUGAACGAUUUCUGUCAUUGGUUGUUUUCAGAAGAGAAUUACAACUCUACUGUAUUAUGCCAUAACUUCCAAGGGUACGAUUCUUAUCCCAUACUUCAGUAUUUGUAUGCAAAUGCAAUAGUACCAAAAGUGAUACCCAAUGGGGCAAAAAUCAUGUGCCUUACGGUACCAAGUUGCAAAAUCAAAAUGAUUGACUCUAUAAACUUUCUCCCCAUGACACUUUCUAAAUUGCCAGCAAUGUUUGGCUUUGAUGAACUGAAGAAGGGCUACUUUCCUCAUUUAUUCAACAAGAAAGAAAACCAGCGGGUUGUUCUCGACGGUCUACCAGACCUUUCAUUCUAUAAUCCAGAUGGAAUGAAACCAGACGACAGACAAACGUUCUUGAAAUGGUACUCAAGACAUAAAAAUGACACAUUUGACUUCCAAGAACAGCUAUUGGACUAUUGUAAAUCAGACACUGACAUCUUGAGACGAUGUUGCUUGAGAUUCCGUGAAGAUUUCAUGGAUACCACUGACAUUGACCCCUUUGAACAGUGUAUCACAAUGGCAUCCGCUUGUAACCUGGUGUUUAGAACCAAAUUUUUAGAAUCUGAAACUAUUGGUCUUAUCCCACGUCAAGGGUAUAAUCCUGAACAAAAACAGUCUAUGAAAGCUUUACAGUGGGUGAAAUAUAUAUCUCACAUUGAAGGGUAUAAAAUUCAAUAUGCUCGAAAUGGCGGAGGAAAGGUCAUAGGACCAUACAGGGUAGAUGGUUACUAUGAAUCCAAAAUGCGGAAAAAAUUGUAUUAG